UUGGGGUUGGCCUCGUUCGGGGCGAUGAUGAAGAAGAAGAAGCCUGCACCGAGCGAGCCAAUAUGAGCCUCUUCUCUUGUGCUCUCUCGUGAUUCCUACGUAUCCAGCCAAUUUCCCGCUGUUCUCGUCGCAGCCACGCGCUCUUUUUUCCUCUCGUUCAUGGCAGGGACCACGAUUCGGUCGAACAUUUUGGGAGUUUUGUCUCCGGUGCGGCGUGUCGGUGUAAGGGCGUGAAGGCGGGGAGGAAUUUCAUUUUAUUUUGUGAAUGGGAAUUCGGGGUAACUAGGUGUUGGGUUUGCUUAGGGUUUGUUGAUUUGGCCGAUAUGGGGUUGCGAGGAGAUUCAUGAGUAAGUUCUGGAGAGAGGGGCUUAGAAUUGUCCAAGUCGUUUUUUUUUUUUUUUUUUUUGGGUGCGCAAGUGUCGGUGGUUUUUGAGUGUUUUUUGAAACGUGGGUUGGUGUUGCUUCUGGGUAAUUUAGCUGGGGUGUGUGGUUUAAGGUUUUAGAGAAUGUGAUGUGGAGCUUGAUCACGAAAUUCAAUUGGGGUGCGAUGAGACCGAAGUGCACAGGGGAGAAUGUGAAGGAGUCGCGGUUGCAGGGUGUUGCAGCAAUCUGAAUUGUCACGAAAGAUGUAGGAAUAAUAGAUUUAGGAAGAGUAAGAAGGAUAUCGGUUUUGAAAAAAGGGGGGACGUGGGUCACCGCUGUUAGGAUUUUUGUGCAUUUAUGCGUAGGUGGAGGGUGAUCACAGCAUCUUCACCAAGGGUGAUACUCCAAAACUGACGGUCAUGGAUGUGUCUGAUACUCCUGUGAUAGAAGCUCCAACUGCAGCCCCAACUCAAGCUUCUACUACAACACCAGGGAGUGUGGCGCCAGGAAACCAGCCACCUGUUGUUACUGAAGCUGUUCCUCAGCAAGCGAAAAGCCAGCCGUUGAUAUAUACACCGGUGUCCCUGGGGCUCCCAAGGCAUGCUGUACGACCGAUGGACGUUGAUCCGUCACACGUAAUUAUGGCAGUUUCAACACCUCAAACCUCUCAAGUGGGAGAACAUCCCACAAGAAAAGCUGUACCGAGGCAGCUCGAUUUUACAACUAUGUAUGGAGACCCUGCUGGGCCACAAGAGAACUCUGUCCGCACACCCCAACCUUCUUUAAAGCACGGGUCUCCAAGACAACGUUCAAGGUCCUUCGAUUCAAAGGAUGGCACGCCGAAGAAGUGCAAGCAAUGUAAUUGCAAAAACUCUCGUUGCCUGAAACUGUACUGUGAAUGUUUUGCCUCAGGUACAUAUUGUGAAGGUUGCAACUGUGUCAACUGCUGCAACAAUGUAGAGAAUGAAACCGUGCGUCAGGAAGCGGUAGAAGCCACCUUAGAGCGAAAUCCUAAUGCAUUUCGACCUAAGAUAUUUAGCAGUCCUGGUAUGCGAGACUUGAGGGAGGAUGCUGGAGAGCAUCCAUUGGCGGGUAAACACAACAAAGGAUGUCAUUGCAAGAAAUCCGGGUGCCUCAAGAAGUAUUGCGAAUGCUUCCAAGCUAAUAUUCUAUGUUCUGACAAUUGCAAAUGUGUUGACUGCAAAAAUUUUGAUGGGAGUGAGGAGAGACGAGCUUUGUUUCAAGGAGACCACAAUAUGAGCUUGAAUUUUCUGCAGCCGUUGGGUGGCAAUGGAGUUUCACCUAAUGCGCCCGCAUAUUUGUCUCCCUCCCCUCUGCUGAAGAAGAGACGAACUCAUGAGCUAGUAUUUUCUGGACCUGGUUUGAAGGAGCAGGUUCCGCUUAAAAAGACAUCUUCUUUGCCAUUGCAGUUAACACCGGGGAUUACAACCGCUCCCUCUCUGAGCCUCGCACUGAGUUCUACAAUCGACUCCACACCUGCAAAUCAAGGAGUCUCACCGGCUGUUCCACCAGUCAAGCUAAUUCACAAGUCAUUACUGGCAGGCGUUGUACAGAUUGAUGCCAUCCAAGAAUUGUGCAAGCUUCUUGUAGUCGUUUCUUCUGAAGCUCAAAAGGAUUUUUUAGCUAAACAUUCGUUACCAGAUACAAGAAGGCUGAGAGUAAAUGGUGAGACUCGCGCUUCAUUGGAACCUUCACCGACGGCUACGAAAGUCGAUGAAAGGAACCAUGAACACAAAGCUGAGAAGUUAUCCAGUGACCGGGCAGCACCAGCCACGGGUCCUGACGAUGGAGACGCUGAUGGGCCACAAAGACCUACGUCUCCGGGAACUCUAGCAUUGAUGUGUGACGAGAAGGACCCGUUGUUUACUGCCCCUCCUUCUCCAAUAGGAGGCUUAGCAGCAGAAGACAUAGGCACUUGUGGUUCCUCGCAUGCAGCCCUUCUGCAUGCUGAGCAAGAGCAAGCAAUUCUUUUGGCAUACCGAGAUUGUUUAAGAAGAAUAAUUUCAGUAGGCAAUCGGCGAGCUAGUCAGUAUUCCAAUGAUAUUUCACACUCAGAAAUGUGUGUUGCGGCAUCAGUUCAGCGGAAUGAACAAGAAGGUGGAGCUCCUCGAUUCACUAGGCCUAUCAUAUCACCGGGUCAGUAUGGUUUGCUGAGUGCUCCAGGCACGAGCCCCUCAUGUACCUUUGGCUUGAAACCCUCCAAUUUAGGGUUGCCUUUGCAGUCACCUGGGGGACCGCCCACUAGAGUAUCUCAAUGAGUCUCCCGAAGAGUACGGGGCAAGUUUUUGCUUGCAAAAUUUAAAAUUAUUAUUGAUUUUUGGAAAACUGUUGUGCACAUAAGAAAUCGAUACACAAAAAGCUUCUUCGAUGCACCAAUUUCUCCGUA